AAAAGUUUAUACGGUUAUUGCUGCUCUGCUGUCUUUUAACUUGGUAUUUUCUGAAGUUUUGAAUGGACAUAAAGAAAUUUUCAGAGCCGUAAGAAUAGUUUGGAUGUACGCUGAUAUGGUUUAUCCUCUCGAAAUUAUAUGGUGUCAAGGUUUUUAUGCCAGCUAGAAAGCUGUUAUGUUGAUGAAAUGUCCAGAGUUUGCUGCGAUCACCAUGCGCUACUAGAUCAGCGAUGUACAUUUUAUUUAGAUCGCUGUUAAUAGAGACAAUUCGCAGUGGAUUUUGUAGGCAACUCUCUGUAAACAUGAUAAGACCAACUCAGAUUAGAAAAGUGCUUUGUGUUGCUGAGAAAAACGAUGCAGCUAAGAGUAUAGCAGAGAUCAUGUCCAAUGGGAGAUCAAGAAGGAGAGAGGGAUGCUCUGUCUACAACAAAAUAUAUGAGUAUGAAUACAACCUGUUUGGCCAGAAUGUAACCGUAAACAUGACGUCAGUUUCCGGACAUCUCUUGGGUCUUGAAUUCAAAGCCCCUUUUCAGAAAUGGCAUAGUUGCAAUCCAGUCUUGUUAUUCGAUGCUGAGGUGGAAAAGUAUUGCCCUGAGAAAUUUGUGCCUAUCAAAAGAACCUUGGAGAGAGAGGUGCGACAGUGUCAAGCUCUGGUCAUUUGGACUGAUUGUGACAGAGAAGGAGAGAAUAUCGGCUACGAAAUUAUUGAUGUCUGCAAAGCCGUGAAGCCAAACAUUCAGGUUUUCCGUGCGCGCUUCUCUGAGAUCACCCCGAACUCAAUUAGGAGAGCCUGUGAGACUCUCACUGAGCCGGAUAUCAACGUUAGUGAUGCAGUGGAUGUGAGACAGGAGCUUGAUCUCCGCAUCGGGGCUUCAUUUACCAGGUUCCAGACAUUACGUUUGCAGAAGAUUUUCCCGGAGUCUCUUUCUGAUCAGCUCAUCAGUUAUGGCAGCUGUCAGUUUCCUACUCUUGGCUUUGUGGUUGAACGGUUUAAAGCCAUUCAAGCCUUCGUCCCCGAAACUUUCUUUAAAAUCAAAGUUGUCCAUGAGCCUAACGAGGAGGAAUCAGUCGAAUUCAGCUGGAAAAGACAUCGUCUUUUCAACCACACAGCAUGCCUUGUGCUAUAUCAGAUGUGCAUGGAGGAUCCUACUGCGAAAGUGAUAUCUGUUACAAGCAAACCAAAAAGCAAAUGGCGACCAUUACCCCUUGAUACAGUGGAACUUGAAAAACUGGCUUCAAGAAAAUUGAGGAUUAGUGCUAAAGAAACCAUGAAAAUCGCAGAAAAGCUUUAUACUCAAGGGUUUAUCAGUUAUCCUCGAACUGAGACCAACAUGUUUCCACAAAACCUGAACCUUACGCUGCUCGUUGAGCAGCAGACACAAGAUAAUGAAUGGGGAAAUUUUGCACAGCGCAUUUUGAACAGCGGUGGGCCGACCCCGCGAAAUGGAAACAAAUCAGACCAGGCCCAUCCCCCCAUUCACCCCACCAAGUACACCAACAGUUUACAGGGAAAUGAAAAACGGUUGUAUGAGUUCAUUGUGCGUCACUUUCUGGCCUGUUGUUCCAAAGAUGCUCAAGGUCAAGAGGUGAUAGUUGAAAUUGAAAUUGCUGAGGAGAGAUUUUCUGCUAGUGGACUGACGAUCAUUGCACGAAAUUACCUGGAGGUGUACCCUUAUGACAAGUGGUACAAUAAGGUUAUUCCAUUAUAUAUGCCUGACGCAACCUUCCAGCCCACAGCAAUUGAGAUGUUGGAAGGACAAACCAGUCCACCACAGCUUCUGACAGAGGCAGAUUUGAUUUCUCUCAUGGAAAAGCAUGGCAUUGGUACUGAUGCAACACAUGCUGAACAUAUUGAGACCAUAAAGAGCCGCAUGUAUGUAGGGCUGACAGCUGACCAGAGGUUCCUUCCGGGAGAGCUCGGCAUGGGUCUCGUUGAAGGGUACAACUCUAUGGGGUAUGAGAUGUCAAAGCCAGACUUGAGAGCAGAACUGGAGGCGGACCUUAAACUUGUGUCAGAGGGGCGGAAGGACAAAGUUUCUGUCCUUAGUUAUCAUGUGGCAAAAUACAAAACUGUCUUUAUUGAGUCUGUGAGGAAGGCAAAGAAAUUGGAUGAGGCUUUGUCCAAUUAUUUGGGCCCGGCCCAGGAGUUUACAGAACAAGAGCAAGGAGAAAUGGAGUUCCCGUUACCAGUUCGAAAGUGUCCUCAGUGUAACCGUGACAUGGUGUUGAAGAAGAAGAAAGACAGCACAAAGAUGUUUCUCUCAUGUCUGGGAUAUCCUGCUUGUAAAGCAGCCGUAUGGUUUCCAGACACAGUACUGGAGGUCAGCAGAGAUGAGAGCAUCUGUCCCACAUGCCGUCCACAUCCUGUGCAUAUGCUGAAGUUUAAAUUCAAGAGGGGAAGUCUUCCACCUAUGAUGCCCCUUGAAUUUGUCGGAUGCAUUGGAGGAUGUGAUGAGACUCUCCGAGAGGUCUUGAAUUUAAAGUAUCUCAGAGGAGGAGAUGGAGAUUCUGGCUCUCGGACUAAUAACAACUUAGAUUCCCAUCAGCCUCAUGUACCUAGAACCAAUUCAGGAGCUCCGUCUAGGGUGGAGAAUAUCAGACCUCCAGCACCCCGACCCAGAAACGACAGCAAUAGGCCCCCAGCCAGUCUGCCACCUCCACGGACAGUACCACCACCACCACCAACUUCAGACCAGGCCGAUGCCAUUGUAUGUAACUGUGGUCAAGAUGCAAUUCUUCUCACUGUUCGCAAAGAGGGUCCAAAUCAAGGGCGUCAGUUUUACAAGUGUAACACAGGGGAUUGUAAGUUCUUUCUAUGGGCCGAUCAGCCGGCUGAGCAGAAUUCGCUACCUCCCAGGGCCUCAUUUGGCUUUGGAAAUGUACCUCAGCAAAGGCAGAACAGCAGAGGAUCUGAGGUCGAUGAGGGGGAAACUAUGUGUAACUGCAAUGAGCCUGCAGUAACCAGGACUGUCAUGAAAGAUGGGCCAAACAAAAGCCGAAUGUUUCACACCUGUGGAAAACCACGUGAUCAGCAGUGUGGGUUCUUCCAGUGGGCAAAUGAGAAUGUGUCUCCAGCCACAGUGUUUCCUGACGUAAAUGGGGGUAAGUGUGUUGGGAACAAAAAGACCAGCACUGCCUCAAAUAAACCUCCUGCUGCCAAAAGGCAGAGAACCUGUGGAAUAUGUCAUGAGCCUGGACAUACCCGGGUCACCUGCCCUCAGGGCCAGUAAAGUGGUUGAAAUAAUUUUUUUAAUAUUUGUAAAAAUAAAUGAACACUCUUAAGAGAUGUAAAGGUUUGUAUAGAAUAAAAUGU